CUGUGUUUGUCCUUUAACACCAGGGUUUUCUUCAGCUCACACUCAUUUAGCAGCUGGGUUUAGUCUCGGUUGCAGUGAUCAAGACAACCUAAGGCAUCUUUUGCAGGACUAGGACUGGCCGAGAUGCCGAGCCGUGUUGAUGAUGUGAUGAAGCUGCUCAACCGGGUUGCCGAGGAGAGGGGCAUGAUGGAUGUUUGGACAAACUGUCGCCGGGGAGCACUGCUGACAGGCGGAUCAGCUGUUGUGGGUGGGUUGCUGAUAGGCCCACCUGGAUUCGUUGUAGGAGCACUAGUGGGUGGAUUGCUUUCAUGGAGGAAAUCUGGAGAGUUCAAGACAGCCUAUCAGAUUUUACUGGAAUUUACUGCUACUGAGAGGCAGAAACUCUGUAUGGAAGUCAUGGCUAUUGUCACGGAAUUUGACUGGAAUGAUGCUUCUGACCUGAUACGUCUUGUAAUGAAAAAUCCCACUGUCCUGAAGGAGGUGACAGGAGUGCUGAACACUCACCUUAGCAAUAAGCUAAAAGCAUAAAUAAAAUAUGUAGAAUAAUCCUCUACAGAGCAGGCUUUUUAUGCUGGAAUGAAUUUUACGCAAAUAGCUGUGAAUCUUUACUAUUACUACUUAUCAGUAGUAAUCAUAAAUAUAUGCUGAUCGAAAUAAUUUUAGGGUGUUCAGUUUUGGUGGUUUUAAAUUUUUAUUAUAAUUUUUUAUUUGUGUGGAUUUGUAAAGAUAGUAUUAGAUUACUGCAUUAUCCUGACACUGACUUGCUAUGUAAUUUUGGAUUGCUCUGCAUUAGGACUAAUACAAAUCGCUGAAGGGAAUCAUGUUGCUCUUAGGCUGAGGUGUCACUUGGGAAAAUUUUCAGUCAUUUUGCUUUAUUUAGGAGACUUGACUCUCUUUGUUUGAGUGCUUUAAUUUUUUUUCCCCUGUGAAUGACACAUAAGGUGCCAAAGUAGCUGAGGCACUUUGAAGAAUUUUACCUGUUGUUUGUUUCAGUUCUGGAAUGAAAGUUUUAUAGGGAAGUACAUUACUGUGAACUCAAAGGACUCAAUCCAUACUUUGUCACACUUUUAUUGUAAUUCUUGAGUUUUCUUUUUAUGUAAGAAGUGAAGUAAAUACUGAAGAUUUCAAGUAUCAGGAAAACAAACUGUGAACAUUUUCAAUUCAAUUUUCAUCAAGUUCCUGUGCCCUAGGAUGGGAGGGUAUGGCAAGCAUUAAAAAGAUGGGGAGCUGAAUCUGCCAGUUUUGUAUUAGCUGCAGGGUUAAAGUUGUCAUUUCAGCAUUGGUUUCUUGACUGAGUCUGUACAGCUGGUGGUCCUCUGUUUUCAUUAAAAUAUUCCUAAGAA